ACAUUUCCCUGCUUUGGUCACACUUUGCCGCCCAUGUGCAAGAUAGUCAACAAAAAUCUGUUAGAAAAAAUAAAUAUAAAAUGGUCCGUAAACUCAAAUUCCAUGAGCAGAAACUGCUCAAAAAGGUGGAUUUUAUCACCUGGAAGGUGGACAACAGCGGCAAGGAGAACAAGGUCCUAAGACGCUUUCACAUACAAAAAAGGGAGGAUUACACCAAGUACAACAAAUUGGCCAGGGAAAUACGGGAACUGGCCGAGAAGAUAGCCAAGUUAGAUGCCUCAGAUCCCUUUAAGGUGGAGGCCACAACCAUGUUGCUAAAUAAGAUUCACGCCAUGGGAGUUUCCAACGAUCAGCUUACUUUGGAGACGGCGGCCAAGAUAUCCGCCAGCCACUUCUGCCGGCGUCGUCUGCCCGUGAUCAUGGUUAAAUUGCGAAUGUCGGAGCACCUGAAAGCCGCCACCGACCUCAUAGAACAUGGUCAUGUUCGCGUUGGUCCGGAAAUGGUCAAGGAUCCCGCUUUCCUGGUCUCCAGAAACCUUGAGGAUUUCGUUACCUGGGUAGAUGGCUCCAAGAUCAAGGAGCAUGUUCUCCGCUACAAUGAUUUGCGUGACGAUUUCCAAAUGUAGUCUCUUCUUUUAAGACCCUCAACUAAAUGUAGAAUAAGUAAGCCUUCAAUAA